GGUGGUGGUGGUGGUGCAGGGGGCAAACAUGUCGGUGCGUUGAGUGUUGAGUUCAGUGUGGCUUUGGCCCUUGACGAGGGAGGAGGUGUGUGCUGCAGUUCUUGGUUUCUACCCCAUCACGAGUCGUGGGCGUGAGUGCAUCGUUCUGAGAAUUGAAGCAACGAAGAAGGAGAAACAGAAGAGAGAAAGAAAAAGACAAAAACAAGGAAUAACGAAAACGAAGAAAAUAAAAAGACAAAACAGAUAAUAAAGAGAAAUAACCCUAUAGUAUUAAAGGAAAGGGAGAUAGAAGAAGUAAAUGAUAAAUGAGAGUACUAAUGAAAAAUAAAUAAAUAAGAGAAUAAAUAAAAAAAGGAAGAAUACAAGAUAAACAACAACAACAAAAAAAAAUCACAAAUAAUAUAUAAACAAUAAAACUAAUAAUUCUUCAGUUUAAAAUUACUUUGAACACACACACACACACACACACACACACACAUUUCCUCCCCUACACUUCAAUGUAAUCCUUCACCUGCCAUCCUACAAAGCAUCCUUCAAAACUUUCCCCACCAUCCUAAAAGAUCAGGGACUUAUCCUUCAGUGACCCAAAGGAAGCAGCAGAGUUUAAGAUCCUGCGGGGCAUCCUACGAGUAUCCUAAACAAGCAAGGCCACAGCCACGGCGUCCUACGGAGGUUGCAACACAUUGGCAUCCUACACAAGGUCACCAUUCCCUCCUGUAACAACCCCCCUGGGCACCCCCACCACGGUAUCCUUCAAUAAGGCGGCCUGUCUCCUUAUAUCCUUCACCGAGGCUCUCAGUGAGACAGUCCCGUCCCACCCUUCGCGCUGGACGGAUCUUCCCGGCGCCUCCUGCUCUCUUUGCUAUCCUGCACGCCUGCAGGAUAACACAAGUGAGUUCUUUCGCUCCUUCAGGACGAUACUGCUGGAAUCCUUCACUCCUUUGGGGCAAAACUCGUGGGUUCCAGGACAAUACCAUAGGGUCCCUCACUUCGAGACAACAGGUCCUAGUGGUGGGAUCCUGCUGGCAGUCCUACAGGCAGGGUACUGCUUCACUGCGAGGUGACAGCGUGUGGCGGUGCAGUCCUUGAGUCCUUCGGCGCAACGAGGGGUCCUGCAGCUCAGGCAUCCUACGCUGGGAGGGAAUCUCAUCCUGCACUACGCCGCAGGACUUCAUAAAUCCUAUGCUUAAAUCCCACUUAACUGCAGGGAACUCCACUUAAAUAAAGGAAACUUAAGUGCAAUCCUACAGGAAAGUCCUUUAGGGAAUCCUACUACUACUACUACUACUAAUACAGAUCAAGAACAACAAACAAGACAACCCAAACAAAAGGCCACAAACAAAACAAAACAAAAAGCAAAAAACGAAGGAUACUACAGCAAGAAGGCACCUCCCCACCAACCAAACGCACCACCCCAACCAAAUCGAGGACAAGGAACCAAAACAAAAAAGGUCCCUCGAAGAAAAGAAACCCACCUUGCGGAACCCCAGGGAGAACCAAAGGAUACGCCCCAUAGGAUACAACAGCAGAAGGCUUCCCCACCAUGGAGAAGGACAAAGGAAGAAGGAUCAGCGUAAGGAGCAUCAAGAAGGAGGCGGCGAAGGUCAGGAAAAGUUCAUGGUGGCGAUGUGGGAUGAGCAAAGGAACAUUCAGCGGGGUCAAGGUCACUGUGUUUUGGGUGACCUAUGUCCUGCUUGGGUCACUCGCCUUCCAGUACCUUGAGGAGACUACUACGGUCAUCUCAAGCACCAAGGAUCACCAUAAUUGGGCAAGAUUUAAAGAGCUGGCGGCGGGACACACGGUGGUAGAGGAACUAUUGGAACUGAAGGAAAGCUUAUUGGAAAUCUGUCCUGAAUCUGCAAUGAACAGAACCUUUGAGUUGCUGUCUGAUGUGGCGAGCAGCGUGGAGGUGACUCAACACAAUGUGACGCUGAUGGAGCAUGUGGAACUGGAGCGGGUGGAGGCAUCCUGCGGCCCCGCCCUUCGCAUAGUGGAGCACCUGACGGAGAGGAAAACCUGCAGCCUCGUUGACGCCAUCUACUACACCAUGACGGCGGUGACGACCAUAGGUUACGGACACAUCUACCCGACCACCCCUGCCGGCAGGAUCUUCUGCGUGCUGUACUGCUUGGUGGGCGUGCCUCUCACCUGUAUCCUGCUGGCUAAGUCCACGGAUCUCCUCUCCUCGCGUAUGGAACGGGUGUACAUCACGGCAAAGAGGCGCCACAGAGGAAUGGGGAACUCCCUCCUGUACUGGGUCACCACAAUUUACCUCUCCGUCGGGUUCCUGGUCUUCAUGCUCCUGCCCUCCCUCGCCCUGACGAAACUGGAGCCCUGGACACUGGAGGAGGCGCUGUACCUCACCUUCAUCACCCUCACCACCAUUGGAUUUGGGGACUUCUAUCCAGGCUACGAGGAGGACGCGCCCUACAAGGAAUAUCAGGACCUGUACAAGAUGGGCAUAGUCAUUUGGAUCAUGGUGGCGCUGGGGUACUGGUUCCUCCUGCUCAACUUCCUGCAGAAGGUCCUACGGAAACAUGUGCCCAGGAAACUGAAGAAGUCGCUGAAGAAAACGAGGAAAUUCAAGAAGCAGUCUGAGUUUUUCCAGCAGUUAGUCAGUAAGGGACUUGACCGUACCACCACCACCACACCCCCCCAUCAGGCCUUCACCAAUGCAAUCCCAUACAACAAGGUUGUGUCACAGGCAGGGCAGCAGGAGGUGGCCACCAAGGGGGGCGCGGGGGGUGACAAGGACAUCGGCGUGGUGGCUCUCAUGGUGGAGGUGGCAGACGCUCUAACCAGUGAUGAGGCACGGCGCCCCUCGAUCAACAUGGCUGCCAGUGGAGGGCGCCGGGAGAGCAGGGCCGUGGCACCAAUCACCUUGGCACAGUUGCUGGACGUCAGGGUGGCUGUCCGAGGGGAAGCAAUACCCUCGAUCAGGUCCUUUGUGGCCACUUCCCCUCAUCCCUCCUCCAGCGCCUUGCAGGACCUCUUGAAGCAGCAUAAGGAACCAAGAGAUCCCGAGGUCACACUGCCCCUAAGGGAGGUCCUCACGCUGGUCAGUUUAAUCAAGUCUGUGGAGGACCAGGUAGGAGGGGGAGGGGGAAAACUGGAGGGGGUCCUAGAGGGGGUUCUAGAUGAUGGUAUGACCUCCUCCACCCCAUCCUCCCCCAUGUCCACCGCGACCUCCUGUGAGCCUGACUACCUGCCUCUCAUUAGGGCGCGAAGGAAGGAUGGUAUAGUGGAGGAGGACAAUGAUGAUGAUGAUGAUGAUGAUGAUGAUGAUGAUGAUAUUGACGAUGAUGAUGAUGAUGAGGAGGAUGAGGAGGAUGAUGAAGAGGAGGAUGAGGAUGAAGAAGAUGAGGAGGAGGAUGAAGAGGAUGAGGAUGAGGAGGAGGAGGAGAUGAAGAGAAUUGAUGUGGAAAAGGGAAAGAGAGGUGGAAGAUUUAGUUAGGAUGAAGAAUGCUUGUUUGCCUCCUCCUCCUCCUCCUCCUCCUCCUCCUCCUCUUCUCGCAUCUGUAGACACGCACACACAGACACGUCACGGCGCCACUCAGCUACAGGCGGCUCAGGUGACGUCACGAGUCCUGCAAGCCACCCCAGCAGACAGAGAGAGGGGCGUGAUGCUUGGACUGAUGCGAACAUGAGACCAGGGGGUGUCAUAAGUGGAGGUGGAGGUGGAGGUGGAGGUGGAGGAAAUACUGUCUUAUUAUUGUUUUAAGUGGCCUUUUCCUCCUCCUCUUCUUUAUCUUUUCCUUCGUCUCUUCCUUUUCUUUUUUUUUUUUUUGUCUGAUAGGUAGAGGUCGAUGUGAUAUGGUCUUAUCCUCCCCCUCCUCCUCCUAUUUAUCUUUUUCUUCGUCUUUUUUUCCCUUUCUUGGCAGGUAGAGGUGAUGAUGUCUCCUCUUCCUCCUCCUCCUCCCCCUCCUCCUUAUCUUUUCUUCUUUUUUUUUCCUUUCUAUGGGGGUCUGAAACAUUUUGAAACAUUCUGAAACAUUUUGCCCACCGUGACCACUUCCUAAGGCGACUAUACAAUCCGCAGUGCGCAUACAAGAACUGAGACCACGUGCUCAAACAAUCCUGCGCUACAUCAACACAUUUCAAAGGCUCCAGUUAAGGUGACACGGGUUUUCAAGGGUGCUUUUACGGUUCUAGUGAAAGAUUAUUAAGAUCUCUACAUUAUUAGAUGGAAAAGCACUCUUGAGAAAAAGGCUAAUCAUCUCUGUGGCCUUGGAAAUUAGUCGUGGCGAAAAAGCAGAGCGUUUCUUGAAUAUGGGGUUUCAGUCUCACACCGCGUAAAGUCCCACGUUGCAGGAAGAAGAGGCAAACUUCUUCAGACUUUCUCAAGGGUGUUCUCAUGACUGGCGAUGCUCUGACAGGCUGUAGUGGAAGUUGGUGGAGGUUUUUAAGGGUGUUUUCAUAUGGGUGAUGGUCUGACAGGCUGUAGUGGAAGUUGGUGGAGGUUUUCAAGGGUGUUCUCAUGUGGUUAUUGUCUGACAGGCUCUAGUGGAAGUUGGUGUAGGUUUUCAAGGGUGUUUUCAUGUGGUUAUUGUCUGAUAGGCUCUAGUGGAAGUUGGUUGGGGCUUUCAAGAGUGCUUCUAUGCCUGCAGUGAUCGUCUGACAUGCAUUCAACACCGUCAGGAGCGAAAAUACUGAUGAAAACCAGACUAAUCAUCUUUGUGGCCUUUGAAAACAGUCCCAGUGAGAGAAGCGAGUGUUUAGAGUCUGUUCGUUGACUGGUGUACAAAAAGGGAGGUUUGUUUAUGUACGCGAGCUAUGUACGCAUGGUCUGCUGUGUGCAUCUACAGGUACACAUGGACAAGUAAUCUCGUGUAUGUGUCAUUAAUCUCAGGUGAAGAAUAUGUAUUAAUUUCUUCUGGUAGCAAGUGUGUUAAGAUGUUUGUAUUUGUGCCCGUCACAUCACGCCAGCCUUGUAUUGCUGCCUGUGUUGCCAAGUGUAUCGUUGCCUUUUGUACAGCCGCCCUCACAAGUCCGCGAACCUCCCACACUUAUUUCUACUGUGUUCCAUGUUUCCUGCCAAAUUCAGUUUCUCUUAUUUUUUUUUUUUUUUUUUUUUUUUUUUUUUUUUUUUUUGUCUCUACGUCUGCGUUCGCUGCUGGGUGAAGAAUUGCACGGUGGACGGUGGAGUUUUGCAAGGUGGAUGUUAAUGGGAGACUUUCAUUUGGCAUUAGAAAACCAUUACUCUGAGUGGUGCCCUUCCUAACCUCGAACCCUGGGGCAAGUUCAAACCCCCGUGCCCUUUGGAAACCAUUACUGGGUGGUGCCCUUCUUAACCUCGAACCCUGGGGCAAGUUCAAACCCUCGUGCCCUUUUGGAAACCAUUGGUGAGUUACGUCAUUCCUAACCUCGAACCCUGAGCAAUUUCAAACCCUCGUGCCAUUUGGAAACCACUGAUCUGAGUAGUGCCCUUCCUAACCUCGAACCCUGGGAAAGAUUAAAACCCCCCCAUGCCCUUUGGAAACCAUUUCUGAGUGGUGCCCUUCCUAACCUCGAACCUUGGGAAAGAUUCAAACCCCCAUGCCCUUUGGAAACCAUUACUGAGUGGUGCCCUUCCUAACCUCGAACCCUGGACAAGAUUCAAACCCCCAUGCCCUUUGGAAACCAUUACUGAGUGGUGCCCUUCCUAACCUCGAACCCUGGGCAAGUUCAAACCCUCGUGCCAUUUGGAAACCAUUGAUCUGAGUGGUGCCCUUCCUAACCUCGAACCCUUGCAAAGAUUUAAACCCCCGUGCCAUUUGAAAAAAAACACUGAUCUGAGUGAUGCCCUUCCUAACCUCGAACCCCGGGCAAGAUUCAAACCCUCGUAGCUUGUGUGGUUUUCUCAAUGACGUACCUUGCAUCAGGAUAUUUUGGUGAAGAGAAGGAACACUAGCAGCUCUGAAUUUUGAGGUGGUCCCUUUUGCUGUUAAUGGGCUUUUUUCUGAAUCAGGUUGGAAUUUGUCUCAAGCUGUUGUAGUGGAAAGGAGGGCAAUUCAGAGGAGUUGGAGGAUAAAAAGAUAAAUGAUAAAUAAAUAGAUAAAUGAUUGAAUAAGUCUGAAGGGAAGAGUUCAAAAUAAAUAGAGAUCAAUAAAGACAGUUUUGGCGAGCAGGAGGGUAAAUAAAACCAGAGUAUAAAAUAAAUAAAUAAAUAAGUGAAUAAAAAAAUAAGUCUGAAUUUUGCAUGAAGACAGUAGAGGCGAGUGUGGUGUGUGUCAAAGGGUUAAACGAAUGCACGAACAAACACCGAAUAAACAAGACUCGUGGGAACAUGAAGCAGUGAAGGUGAAUGUGACGGUGUUACCUAUAUAAUGUAUUAUUAUUAUUAUUAUUAUUAUUAUUAUUAUUAUUAUUAUUAUUAUCAUUAUUAUUCUGUCUAGUAUUAUUGUGUCUAUUAUACUGUAAUGGUCACGAGAGGAGAUGAAUACCGGGAUUAACUGUGUUCAUUAAUUUAUGCUGUCUGUCUGUUUGCUUGAUGAGUUCUGUUAAUUAAGUGUUGUUAAAUUGGUACAUUCACUACUUGCCAGUACUUCAGUGGUGGUGUGACCCUGAUGAUGGUGGUGAUGGGGUUGGUGGUGAUGGUGGUGAUGGUGAUUCAGUUGGGAUAUAGAGCAGGAGUAGGAAGAAGAGGAAGAUGAGAAAAAGUGAGGGGACAAGAUAUUAGUGGUGAUGAUGAUGAUGAUGAUGAUGAUGAUGAUGAUGAUGAUGAUGACGAAAAAAUAAGGUGCUAAAAGGAUGAAAAGAAUGAAUUAUGGAUGAGAUGAAAAUAAACAAAUGAAAAACGAAAAAAAAAAAAGAUGAUAAUGAUGGUGCACAGGAAACAACAUAAAAAAAAUCACGUGUGUGUGUGUGUGUGUGUGUGUGUGUGUGUGUGUGUGUGUGUGUGUACCGAGUUUCGUUUCAAGUUCAACUAAUUUUGUAAUCAUAGUUAAGGAGCGUUGUUGUUAUAUUAUUAUUAUUAUUAUUAUUAUUAUUAUUAUUAUUAUUAUUAUUAUAACUAUUAUUAUUAUUAUUAUUAUUACUAUGAAUUUGUACUUCAGUUAUUAAUGUUAUUACGAUUAACAAAGUAACCACCGUUAUUUUUUUAGCGCAACGUGUGUGUGUGUGUGUGUGUGUGUGUGUGUGUGUGUGUGUGUGUGUGUGUGUGUGUGUGUGUGUGUGUGUGUGUGUGUGUGUGUGUGUGUGUGUGUGUGAUGAAA